UUGAGAGCCUACAAAGUUUGGUAGUCGAUCGUAGUUGGGUCUGGGACCGCUUAUGUUGAUUACAAAUUCCGUUAAUAAUAAUAUUCUCAGAAUGUAUAUCAAUAACAUAAUAAUAUUUCUUUGCUGCAGUGCAGUAGUAAUCCACCAUACUUCUGCCAGGUCCGUUAUGACUUCUGUUUUAGUCCAGCAUCUUAUGGAUUCUGACAGUGUCCACGUACAACCGAAUGCCGACCAACAGGGGCAACCGGUGGUUGUGAAAAUCGGGCUUAGCGUCACUGGCAUACAACAUGAACGUCCCGAAUCCAAUUCGGUUAAAGUGCACGGUUUCCUGAAGUUGGAAUGGAAGAACAGCCGCUUAGCUUGGGAACCUCUGGAAUACAACAAUAUUACCGUUGCACGAGUCCCGUCGGAUCAUGUGUGGUUGCCCGAUAUCACGUUGUUCAAUAACUUCGAUGCGCGCAGCCGAGUGUUCUCGGAGGAAAAAAAGCUGGUCCUUGUGAUGUCUGAUGGCAGUGUGAUAUGGGUACCUCCCGUGACCUUCCCGAUAAGCUGCAAUAGCACGGAGACCAGAGCCGACGGUGGCGAACUGAAUUGCUUUAUUAAGCUAGGCUCUUGGACAUACGACGAAACGCUGAUUGACGUUCAAGCGGACAGCGACAAAAUUGACGAUUUAUACCUCGGUUCGAGCUAUCGCAUAACCGACAGCAAGGUAGUCAGAAACUCAGCUGUCUAUCCUUGCUGCAAAGAGGCGUACCCGUCUAUCGACAUAACCUUUACAGCAAAAAGAGUUUAACUUAAACUAUUGCUUGGUUUCACUCCUUUCAUGCUGAUUUCGUUAUUUUAUCGACAAUAAUGCGAUGUGCUAUUGAAGAGCUAAUUGGUCACGUCACAACAUCUUGCCGGUUACUUUUUGCUGCGUUGUUGGAAUACUAUAUAAAGUGUUAGUACGA